AUGGCUCUGCCAGCACCUUCACCUAUUCAUCUGCUACGCUCGCAUUCCAGCGCAGUGAGUACUCUCUCCAUUUCGACGGACAACGAGAGAAUCUACUCCGGAGAUACUGUGGGACAAGUCAUCGUCACUUCCACGCGCUCAUUGCGACCACUCGCAUCAUGGAAAGCUCACACCGACUCCCUGCUGGGCAUCGAAGAAUGGGGUUCUCAAAUCAUAACACACGGGAGGGAUAAUAAACUUCACGUCUGGGCUCGACCUGAAGAGUCCGCUUCCAUUAGACAAGGACCUGCGACUUUGUCAGAUCUAUCAACACCAACAAUAUGUUAUACUAUGGAUAUCAACGCUCUUAACUACUGCAGGUUCUCUCUCCUUACCAUAGCAGGGGCGAGCGCGCAGGAAGGUCUACUCGCCGUUCCGAACCUCGUGGAAUCAGCUCUUGCAGAUAUCUGGUCACUUCCAUCGUGUCAAAGGCUCCACGCUGCUAUAGGUGAUCCGCUAGACACUUCCGCAACAGCCUUUUCGGAUGGCAGGUCAGGCAGUAAAUCCGGGAUCAUCAUGUCAAUGCAUCUUUUUUACUCUGCGUUGUCUGCACCUUCGUCCUCUACGUCAGCAAGAGAGCUGCACCUGUUAUGCGCAUACGAAGAUGGAAGCGUUGUCCUGCGGAAGCGGACUGCACACGAGACCAAACAGACUGUCGAGGGCCGUGGAUGGGAAGUCGUGUGGAAAUCCAAACUUCAUGUAGAAUCAGUGAUGGCUAUGGCAGUUUCUUCAGACUGCAUUCUUGCUUUGACAGUGUCGGCGGACCAUUUAGUGGGACGAUAUGAUCUUUUGGUUCGUACCCAGGAGGCGUCAGAAUCCACUCCCGCAGGAACUGCAUUCAAGACCAAACAUCCAGGAAAUGGCGCUGUUGCCAUACGGAGCGACGGGAGAGUAUGCGCGAUUGGGGGAUGGGACGGCAAAGUGCGGUUAUAUUCAACAAAGACAUUAAAGUUGCUGGGAACCCUUGUACACCACAAGCAAGGAUGUCAGACGGUUACGUUCGCCUCUCACAUUGACCGUGUACCUCUCUGCGGAGACUUGAAGGAGGAUGACUCCUCUAGUGACGAGGAUGAAAUUACCGUCGAGGAAAAGCAUGCCCGUGGUCGGUGGUUGAUUGCUGGUAGUACAGACGCGAAGGUAUCGAUCUGGGCGUUGAUGGACUUCGAGAAGACAAGCACAUAA